AUGGAAAGUAACGUGGGAAAUGCUAGAAGAAAAGCUUUAGUGUCAAGUGUUUCGUGUUUAUUAACUGAAGUAGGAUUUGAUUCUGCUGAAAAAAUAGCAUUGGAAACCCUAACCGAAAUGCUUCAAAGUUUAAUAACUGAAUUAGGUUAUAGUAGUCAUUGUUAUUGUGAAUUGUCGGGUCGGACAGAACCGGUUAUAGGAGAUGUUGUUAUAGCUUUAGUUAAUAUGGGAAUAUCAUUAGAAGGUAUUGAAAGUCAUGCCAGGAGACAAAAUAGAACUACAGUGCAAGCGCCAACAUCUGCAACUCAGCCAAAACAACUCUCUAUUCUUCAAGCAGGUGUAAAACAAACCCCACCAUCCCAUGUUCCUGAUUAUUUUCCUGUCUUUCCAGAUCCUCAUGCCUACAUUAGAACACCCACACAUAAGCAACCUGUAACUGAAUAUGAAGCUAUUAGAGAAAAAUCAGCAAUUCAAAAGAGGGAUUUAGAAAGGGCUUUAACAAGAUUUGUUGCAAAGACUGGAGAACAACACAGUUUGUUUUUAACACCAGACAAUAAUAAUCCAUUUCCAUUAAUUCCUUGCAAAGUAGGGCAUCCUGCUUAUUUAAAUGCCUUGUUAUUAAAAGAUCAAGUAUUCGACUAUGAGGAAUUCGAAAUGAGGCAAAAUGAAUUUCGUAAAACUAAACCUGUAAAGACUACAGAAUUAGAAACAAUUGACAAUCCUUAUUUAAGGCCUGUUAAAAUGCCUAAAAAAGGAAAAUGA